AUGAUCCGGGAGGCGUCGUCUCUACAAUACGAUGCGACGCAGGGAAUAGCCGCCAACGAACGCGGUUUUGGGUUCCUUGAGGAAGUGCGCGAUAUGCGUGCGAAGAUGGCAUCACUCGAAUCUCGUCUCCAGAAAGUCGAAAUCCAUCGCCAGAGCCAUCUCGAUCUCCGACAAAGAACUAUUUCUACAUGGGUACGAGAUGCGCUCAAGAAAACCUCAGAACACCGGAGAGAGGAUCUCCGCCGACUCAAUAAAGGGACUAUCCACGGCGGUGAUAUACGAACCGAUACUAUGGUAGUUACGGAGCGUUACAAGACCAGCAGUACGGAAUGGCGAUCUUUCUCUACCCUCUAUGGCCUUACCCCGGACGAUGUGGAGAAUCUCGACUACUCAAAAUGUUGUGGGUCUCUCCAGGCCUUGAAUAGAGCAGCCUCGAUCCUAUUCGACAAGAAUUCGACAAUUCUCCCUACUGAGGAGAUGAGGAAGACACGUGAGGAUCUUGUGGCUCUGUUGCGAGAGGGGAAAUAUGAAGAGGCUGAGGAGAUAAGCAGCACUCUUUGUGAGGACGAGUCGUCUGUGGCUGAAAAUGAGUAG